CGUUUUUAGCGAUUAGGGUUUUCGAGAGGUUUUAGUAAAUUGAGUUCAGCAGACUACGCUAUUGUGAGUCUUGCUUUCUCUCUGCUCAACUUUGCGCUCCACAGCCAUGGCCGACACAGAGAGUCAGUCUGCGGAGGAAAUCAAACUCAUUCAGAAAAGGGUCAUCAUAGACGGGGAGUAUGAGGGAGAAGAAGAGGAGCUUGAGGAGGACGAGGAGGAAGACUGGAACGAUUGGGGAGAAGAUGGCGAUGAAGAACUCGACUCGAACUUCGUUUGUUUAUUCUGCGACUCAAAUUACACUUCCUGCAACGAGUUGUUCGAGCACUGUCGUUUGGCUCACAAGUUCGAUUUCCAAGGGAUAAGGAAACGGUUGGGCUUGGAUUUCUAUGGUUCUUUCAAGCUCAUCAACUAUGUCCGCUCUCAGGUAGCACAAAAUGGAUGCUGGAGUUGUGGGGUCACCUGUCAGUCCAAGGAGGAUUUGCAGAACCAUUUACAUGAAACCGCCAAUCUGGAAAAUGUUAGGCUUCUGUGGGAUGAUGACAAUUACUUGAAACCUUUUAUGCAAGAUGAUAUGCUCCUGCACAGUUUCAGUGAAGAGGAAGAAGAAGAAGAUGCUGAAGAUGAUUAUAAAGCAUCAUUUGAUAAAGAUGAACUCAUGAGGCAUCUGGGGGAUAUUGGAGUGCUGAACAUCAAUGAAGUUAAUGGCGGGUCAACUUCUGAGCAUCAUUAUGAAAGUUUUAAACAAAAUGAAACCAAAGAGCCCGCCUCUUCUUCAAAUGGCCAGGUCGUCUACAAAUCUCUGCAGCCUUUAAUAACCAAUGGUGUAUUGGGUGAUGCAGAACCCACAAAUAUUGUUAACCUUUCUGCAAACAAAAUCAAGACAGUGAAUGACAACUAUUUUGGAUCCUACAGCUCUUUUGGCAUUCAUAGAGAGAUGAUAAGUGAUAAGGUACGGACCGACUCUUAUAGGCAAGCCCUCAUGAAAAAUCCUUCGCUCUUAACUGGCGCUGUUGUGAUGGACGUUGGCUGUGGAACUGGCAUUUUAAGUCUCUUUGCAGCACAAGCAGGGGCUACAAGAGUAAUUGCAGUUGAAGCCAGUGAGAAGAUGGCUGCUGUUGCAACACAGAUUGCUAAAGACAAUAAUCUACUAAGAACUACUGAUCAAAGUGACGGGAACAAUAGCAAAUCCACUGGUGUUAUGGAGGUGGUUAAGAGUAUGGUUGAAGAGCUUGAUAAAUCCAUAAAAAUUGAGCCUCACAGUCUUGAUGUACUAGUAAGUGAAUGGAUGGGAUAUUGCCUACUUUAUGAGUCUAUGCUUGGCUCAGUGCUAUUUGCAAGGGACAAAUGGUUGAAGCCAGGGGGCGCAAUCCUUCCAGAUACAGCAAUUAUGUAUGCUGCUGGAUUUGGAAGAAGUUGCACCAGUCUCCCAUUCUGGGAAGAUGUGUACGGUUUCAACAUGUCAUGUGUGGGGAAUGAACUUGUUCAGGAUGCAGCUCGAAUCCCCAUUGUUGAUGUUGUGCAAGAUUCAGAUUUGGUGACACAUGCCUCGGUUCUCCAGAAAUUUGAUCUGGCAACUAUGAGCCCUGACGAUGUGGAUUUCACUGCUACAAUCGAGUUAGAACCAAAGUCAGACAAUGCAGUAGCCAAUCUCACCGAAUCCAAAGCAGCAUUGUGUUAUGGGAUUGUAGUAUGGUUCGACACAGGUUUUACCUCCAGGUUCUGCAAAGAAAUGCCAGCUCUUCUAUCCACAUCACCGUACACUCCCAAGACACACUGGUGCCAGACCCUGCUCACCUUGAGGGACCCAAUAGCUAUUGCCUCCAUGGGGCAGCAACCUGGUGAUAACUCUGCAGUGGUUGGGAGCGAGAAAUGUCCAGUGACGAGACUCAGUCUGAGAAUCAGCAUUGCACGAGGUGUAGAGCAUCGCAGCAUCGACAUCUCCAUGGAGGCUUCUGGAGUUGACGCUGGUGGCCGGAAACGUGCCUGGCCUGCACAGAUCUUCCAUCUGUCGUAGAACAUUUGUGUCUACGUGGAAAGUCUGAGUCAUUGGGGGAAAGUUUUGGAUGACCCCAGAAAUAUCUGGUCUUUGUUUUGUGUGUUGUUCCCCCCUGGCAAGCUGGAUGUGUUUUUCUAAGUUAUAGCAUUCUGAGAAAAUGUAACCCAACAAUGCUUAUCAGAUACAUGAAGUGAAGUGAUUAGCAAACAACAAGCUUAUCAUAAUGGAAUGUUUUGGCCAACCAUCUUGCUCAUAAG